GUCUCCCCAUCCUUGUUACACAGGCUGAAAUAACAUCGCUUUACUUUCACUUUCAUUCAUAACCUAUUUCACAAAGUUUCACCGAGUAACAAGUGAUGCUCAGCCGAGUUAUAGUGACGUUGGUGCUCAGCCUAAAUUCCCAUUGGCUCAGAUGGAGGUUGAAAUCAGUCUCCUCCUUCUUUUUUUUGGUGAAGUUAUUAGAUUCCUCCUUGUUACCAGUACUUCAGCCCCGCUCUUUGAGGUGUUAGGUUGGUCUCUGUGUCAGUAAACAAACAUUUAAACAUUAACUCGGUAUUUUAUCAAAGCUUCAGAUUCGACAACUCACAAUGCAGGCCUGGAUUCCUCCGCUUCUGCUUCUCGUGAGCUUUCAUGGCGCCUCGGCAAUGAUUCACUCUCUGAAGUAUUUCUACACUGCGUCUACUGGAAUCCCAAACUUCCCAGAGUUUGUGUCUCUUGGGUUGGUUGAUAACGUUCCGAUGGAUUGCUAUGACAGCAACACCAGGAGAGCAGAACCCAAACAGGACUGGAUGAGAAGAGUCACAGCAGAUGAUCCUCAGUACUGGCAGAGACAGACUGAGGUCUCUGUGGGUGACCAGCAGUCCUUCAAAGCCAACAUUGAGAUUUUAAAGCCACGCUUCAACCAAACUGGAGGUGUCCACAUUGUCCAGUGGAUGUAUGGCUGUGAGUGGGACGAUGAUACUGGAAAAAUUAAUGGUUUUCAUCAGUUUGGUUAUGAUGGAGAAGACUUCAUAUCACUGGACCUGGAGACAGAGACAUACAUUGCUCCUAAACCACAGGCUGUCAUCACCAAACACAAGUGGGACAAUAACAAAGCUCAGAUAGCACAGGAUAAACACUACUACACUCAGAUUUGUCCUGAGUGGCUGAAGAAGUACGUGGACUAUGGGAGGAGCUCUCUGCUGAGAAAAGACCUUCCCUCAGUGUCUCUCCUCCAGAAGUCUCCCUCCUCUCCAGUCAGUUGCCACUCUACAGGUUUCUACCCAAACAGCGCCAUGAUGUUCUGGAGGAAAGAUGGAGAUGAGCUUCAUGAGAACGUGGACCACGGAGAGAUCCUCCACAACCAUGAUGGAUCCUUCCAGAUGAAUGUUGACCUGGACGUGUCAUCAGUCCCACCUGAAGACUGGAGGAGGUAUGAGUGUGUGUUUCAGCUCUCUGGUGUGAAGGACAUCAUCACCAAAUUGGACAAAGCAGUGAUCUGGACCAACAGAGAGAAUCCCACUGACAUGACCGUCCCCAUCAUUGCUGCAGUUGUUGUUAUCGCUCUCGUCCUCAUCGCUGUGAUUGGAUUCGUCAUUUACAAAAAGAAGAAUGCCAAACGCCCUCCAUCUCCUAUAAACAACCCUGAGGUCUUGGAGGAACUGAAUCCAAAUGCAUAAAUGGCAAACACACCAUCCUGCACACAGUUUAUGGAUACAUUUUGCACUGGAUCACGGAGCGGUGUCACCACAUUCUCCUCCAUAAACUGAGAAUCCACCGGUUAUUCAUCAAUCAUAUCAUAAACUGAUAGAAUCAAGGUUGGGAAUUAAAAAAAAAAAAUGUGAAAAAUUAGUUGACAAAUAUUAUGAAACAUAAAUGGUGACAUGAAAUCAUUGCUCAUCCUCUAAUAAAAUAUUAACUGUUGGUAAAUCAUAUAAGGACGAUUAUUUCUGGAGAGAAGUAAAAUACAAUGUUAAAAACAAUGAAAACAUCACAGUGCUCUUCACACAUACAUAAUAAAGAUUUGUGUUUUCCUUUAAAACCAAUCCACCAUAGUUACAGUUUGAUGCUUCUGCUGUUGGGCUUUUCUGGUUAAAUUAUUAUUGGUAAUUCAAAUGUAAAUAUACACAUAUAGACACACACACAUCCACACAUGCAUUCCCUUCUCAUAGCAUACUCGUAGGGUCUGGCAAUAUGAUUUAAACCUUGAGGUAUUUUUCAACCAGUAGAGAGUUUUCUUCACUAUUUAUACUACGAAAGUCAUUCUUUGGUUCUCUGUCUGUAUUCGAUCACUGAGGGCAACACUGCAAAUCCAUCAGCAGCAUCCAAAAACAUGCUAUGUAAACUGGACACUCUAAUUGGACACUCUAGAUUUACAGUAGAUGUCAGUGUAAAUGGUCAUCUCUCUGUGUUACUCCUGGUAAUAAACUGUACUCCACUCGACCCUCAGCGGGAUGAUUUUUUUGUAUCACUGUUGUGAAUCACAUGUAUCACAACAUGAAAUCACACAAACAAUGAUAAGUUGUAUCGAUGUUGCCCACCCCUAUGCACACACACACACACACACACAAAAUAUAAACAUCAAUCCAAAUGUAUUUUCCAGUUCUGUAAAUACUCUGUUUCCUUAAAAGUGAUAAAAUGUUUGAUUUUACUCAAACAGAAACAAGUAAGUUACGUCGUUGAGGUUUUUCUUAAUCAGGAGUAUGUUGUUUUUUUGUUUCAUUAUAUCUAUCUUUUGAUGUGUUUUAAGCUUCUCAGCACACUUAUAGAAAUGUUCUUGAAAAUAUUUGCUACUAUUAUUUGGGGACAAGGGAUGUUUUCUCUCUUAGUUUUGUAACCAUAAAGAAAUUGAACAGCGAUGCUCCAAAUCACUUAUUGUGUUGGUUAAGUUGGUGAUUGUCAGAUGAAGUUGCCUUGCUUUUUGUACUUUUGAUUUGCUUUUCAAUAAAGUGUCUAAAAUUCCA